CGUUUCAUCAAAUUUCAAAUUUCGUCGAUGCUAAAGAAACGAUAUAGGUACCUAGACUUCAAUGAAAAAUAAUACAAUUAUGAUGAUUAGUAACAGAUUAUUUACCUUUUAGGUAAAACCUAACACAAAACAAUGAACUAGGGAGGUAAAACUAGUAUGACAAUAAAUGGUAUGCAUUAUAAAACUUAUGAAAGCCAAUGUAAUUAAUAUCAAUACCAACUUAUAUAUACCUAAAGUACAAAUAGGUAUGACAAAUACCUAUAGAAUAAAGAAGCUUUGUUUGUACUUACUUUGUAGUUUUGUAGUUUUGUAGUUGUAUGUACCUAGUUUGAUAAGGACUACUGUAGGAUACGUAGUUGAUAUUGUUUUCUUAAUUUCUUGUGUACAACGCCUAAACUUUAGAUCAAUAAUCGUUUUCGGAAUAACUUUGGAAUUUACUAAAUAAUUACUAUGUCAAGAUAUAAAAAUUUAUAUCCAAUCUUAACAAAAGUAAUCUGCUUUUCAAGUGAUUUGUUGAAACCAAAUCGAAUAAAAGUUGCGAGAGAGAUCACACAGAUACAAUUUCCAAGAAACUUAAUAUUUAUUUCUACCGGUUUAGCAUUUUUGUGGCCCAUCAAAAAGUCUAAAGAACCUAUAGACCAAGAAAAAUUGAAGAAACUAUCUGUGAUUGAUGACUCUGAUGAGCUGUUUGAAAACGGACAUUAUGAGGAAUGCUAUAAUUUACUCAAAAAUUAUGAGGAAAACCAGGACAUUGAAAUUCAAUGGCGUAUCUGUCGUGCAUUAUACAACAUGGCAAAAGAAUCUAAGUAUAACAAUGCACAAAAAAAGGAUUUCAUAUUUCAAGCAUAUGAGAUAAUUUGCAAGCACUUAAAUAACAAUGAAAACAAUUUUGCAGUGCACAAAUGGUAUGCUCUAAUUUUAGAUGCAAAAAGCCAUCACAAUGGCAUAAAAGAGAGAAUUCAACAACUUGAGAAUGUUAAAAAACAUAUGGAUCUUGCAGUAACACUAAAUCCCAAUGAUGCAACAACUUUACACAUGCUGGGUGAAUGGUGCUACCAAAUAACUGAGAUGCCGUGGCAUCAAAGGAAGAUAGCAGAAGUCUUGUUUGCAUCCCCACCUCAUUCAACAUAUGAGGAUGCUUUAGAAUAUUUUCUUAGGGCUGAAACUAUACAACCAAGAUUUUACAGUGUCAAUUUACUCAGAUUGGGCAUAUGUUAUCAUAAACUGGGAAAAGAGGAUCAAGCUAAAUAUUACUUAAAACUUGCAGCAAGUUACCCUGCAAAAUCAAAUGAUGAUCACUUAGCCAAUAAAGAAGCUGCUGAAUUGUUGAAGAAACUAAAAUAGUUUUGUUUAAUAUAAAACUAAAUAUAGAUGCUGUACUUGAUAUCUGUAAUUACAAUGUUUGUAUUACAUAAGUCAAAAUAAAAUUUUGUAAAUUUAAA